AUGGCUACAUCAAUCAGUGACGAUCGGAAUGAAAUUCAUUUUCAACGAGGUUCAUGCAAUAUUAUUUUAAAACCCGGCGAUCUCUUAGAUGAAAAGGAUGUUGAUAUACUUGUCAUUCCAGUACCAGCAGGUGGAUUGAAUCCUGAUAAUUUUCUACUCUUCAAAACUAUUUCCUCUAAAGCAGAUCAACAUUUCAAAAAAGAAAUUGAUAGAGUUUGCUCUAAUUUAACACAGUUAGAACCGCAAACGAUUUCGAAAAAUGGUCUUCGAUAUAUUUUUGUAGUACCACCAUAUGUUGGUAAUCCCAAGAAUGCUUCUGAAUAUUUAAGAAAAACUUAUAUUUCAUGUCUCAAAUUGGCAGUUGAGAAUAACUCUCAAAAAAUUGCUUUUCCCACUAUUGGCUGCGGUAAUAUUGGAUUUAAAAUAAACGAUGCAGCUCGUAGUGUUUAUAUGGCUUUGGAAAAUUUUUGUCAAUCAAAUGAUGGCAAAAAAAUGAAUGAAAUUCGAAUAGUUAUUUAUGAUUCGAAGAUAUAUAACGAAUUCACUGGUACUUUCAUGGAUGUUUGUAGAACCAAAAAUAUAAAAUUUCAACAUAUACCAAUAUCGACGAAAAUUUCAAAUCCAUCUGAAAUGUCCUCGACAAGAGAUAAACGUCAAAUAACACAACGACAAUUACAUGGAAAUGAUACAACAGAUUAUCCCGAUGAUUUUGAUGAUGAUGCGGAUAGACACCAACAAAGUGGUAUGACAAGACAAACUUCGAACCUCAAUCCAGAUUCACCAGAAUUUCAGCCAAAAACUAAUAAUAAACAACGUGUUCAUCGUCGUUUUCUCCUCAAGAAUAAUCACACAGAACUCAAUAUAAUUCAAGGAGAUAUUUUAACAAUAAAAGUGGAUGCUAUUGUCAAUGCUGCUAAUGAAAGCAUGUUGGGUGGCGGUGGAGUUGAUGGAGUUGUCCAUAGAGCUGCUGGAAAAAACCUUCGAAGAGCUUGUGAAGCUCACAAACAAAUUUAUUCUGAUGUUCGUUUACCAACUGGUCAUUCGCGCAUUUUGCUUAGUUAUGAUUUGUCCACAACAACUUACUAUAUUAUCAAUACUGCUGGUCCCCGCUAUGAUGAUGCUCCGCCAGAUCAAUGUAAAAAAGAUUUAAUUUCGUGCUACAAAACAUCAUUGGCUUUAGCUAAUUUAUACGAUCUUGAAACUAUCGCUUUUACUGCCAUUAGUUGUGGUAUAUUCGGUUAUCCAAUAGAUGAAGGUGCUGAAGUUGCACUUGAAACAGUUGAUAGUAAAGCUGGUGGCAUGCGUAAAAUUUGGUUUGUAUUAAAGGAAGAUGAUAUUUAUGAUGCAUGGAUCAAGAAAGCCGAGGAAUUACAGUUCAAUUCACUCGAUAAAAGUAGUACUGCAGCAACGAUACGCACAUCAACACAGAUACAUACAAAUAAUCAAAAGACGAUUGAAAAACCAAUUAAAAAUAAUGAAUCGACAGUAUCAAGCAAAUCACCUGAAUUGAAUGUGAUCGAUGCAUCGACAGUCAAUAAUACACAAACAGUACCUAAAGAAUCUAAACAAACAAAACAACAUGAGAAAUCAUCACAAAAUCAAGAUGAAAAAUCUAAAAAACAAGCGACUAUAGAAAAUAUAAAAGAUGAUCACUUAUCGAAUAAAAAUGAACAAACAAACAAAACAAACAGUGAAAGAUCGAAUACCGACAGUCGAGAAGAACAAAAACCAUCGGAUGAUUCUUCUAAGACUAAACCAACUCAAAAUACUAAUCAAAAAGCAACUUCAAACAAAACAGACAAAUCAAAAACGCCAACCGGUGAACCGCAUAAUAAAAAACAAUAG